ACAGCGAAGAGUCAUACACGUAAGGAAUGCAGUGAUACAUGUAUCUACAGCUGUACGUUUAUAUCGAAUACAGAAGUGUUUGAUUUCCUUGUUACUCUUUUCUUUCUUUGUUCUUAGUCAGUGAGCAAGCGAGGAAAGUCAAGUACACAUCCGAGGUAUCGAUUGCAGUCAACAACGUGCGAGCUGAGCGAUUUAGUUUGUUAUUUCAUUCAUUUAAAUUUCGAUUUGUGCUGAUUCACGUCGCUUGAGCUUCGCUAUGCAGGCGUGUGUGGAUAUAUUGAACGCAAAGAGAAUUCCCGUAAAUGGAACUUUAUUAGAUACAGUGGAAACUCUCAAGGAAAAGAUCUCGAAAGAGACUGGCCUCUCGCCAUGCCUUCAAACUCUUCAUGUUUUACAGAAUGCAGCUACUGUUGAAUGGAAAGACGACAGUAGCAUAUAUUUUGGAGACUUGAUAAAGAAGAAUGCAGUGAUAUAUUUGUCGUACAAAAAGGGCAAUUCGUCUUCUUCCUAUUACAUCAACAUAGUGACGGAAACUGGACGAGUUUUGCUCGUCACUCCUGAAGGGGGAAAAUCGGUAACUAUAAACGAUUUGAAACAGCAGUUGUCGACCAUACUGCGUCUACGCGCAGAUAGUUUAUUUUUGCGCAUUGUUGAACUGUCAAACCGUAUAAAUAGGCCACUUGGAGAAUUAUUCAAUACCUUACAGGAUUACGGUGUGAUCAGUGGUUCUGUUUUGUACGUGCAGAUUCAUCCCUGGAGUGAGAGGUGAGUUGGUUGUUUACGUGACAAGCUACUUGACUUCAAACAUGUGCUGUGCAAAUGACGAAAGUGCACUUCAAUUUUACCAUUAACUUCGUGGGUGACUAAUGGUUUUUGAGAAACUACUUAUUAAUCGUUUCCGUCUUUGCACUCAUAUUUACUGGUUUGAUAACAGACCUUGAUUUCCGAGUUCCAAAGGAGAAUUCUCCCUGAGAAUAAAAAAUUCACUCACGUACUUUCACUUUUAAAAACAAAGGUUCCGGAUGACGCAGAAAUUACCAGUGUUAUCGUUGAUGUUUCUUUAAUAAAUCUAGUUAAAUAGCACACAUGUACAGAGUAUGUUCUGGUUUGAUUUGAUCCUUAGAUAAAAAUUUUAUUUUUCCUUUGUUUUAAAUUCAUUAUCAUAAGUACUUUUCCAAAAGGAAUGGAAGAAAUCAACAUAUGAAUUUUAUGGAUCUGAACCAAGGCGUAUGUGUCGUGGCUCAAUUUUAUCCUUGCUUUAAAUUUUACUCUCUUUCGUUCCAAACUCAUCACACAUUACCAUUCCUAGAAACAAAAGAAAAUAAAAUUUAAACCAAAGAUAAAAUUGAACCACAACAUUUACAUUGUACAACCAUACUGAUAAUAAAUUGACCAUUAGGGCUGUAUUUAAGUUUGAUGCGUAGUUCAUAAUCUUGGACCUCCUUUGCUAUGAAGCAGUGACCUUUUUGUCCUUCAUUGAAAGCCUUUGUGUCACCCUUCUCCAAAGGUGGCAAAAAGCUGUCACUUACUAGGUAAAAAGAUUUUAGCUUUUGGUUUUUUUUCCAUCUGAACACCUUGUAUUAGUAAGAGUAAGUAUUAAUUUUAUUGUUUUUAUGAUCUUGAAUGAAUAUGGACUUUAAGAUGCCACAACGGCAACGACAACGAGAAAGUCAAAAAAGUAAUAGGUUGAAUAGGCAAAACAACAACUCUUCACGUGCAUCACACUUUUUUGUAUAUUUCUUUUCCGUCACUCCAUGACUACAACGGGAAAAUGCCUAAUUUCACGUUUUAUGGACGACAUAAACAAGUGAAGGUUAAAUUUUCUGCGAUUACUACUAGUUUACAAGUAUAAAAUUUAUUCUUAAUAUGUAUAGCAUUAUCUCCACUAGUUUCCCUUAAAGCUUUUCAAAUUACCUGAUAUUUAAAUAUUAUAUUCAAUUUUAAUAGCUUAAUGCACUUUCAAACAUAAAAUUCUAUUGUCUGUAAUAUCCUUUCUGUUCUAUUUACAGUUGGUUCCAUGGAAAAAUAGGGCGUGACCAAGCUGAGGAAAUUAUGUCUUCAGCUUCUGAGGGACAGUUUCUUGUUAAAGAGAGUGUCUCUUUUCCUGGUGAUUAUGUCCUAUUUGUACGGUAUGUUGGUCAUAUGUUUUGUCACUUGUGCUUAACAUUCUAAACUACUUCAGUGUAGAAGAGCACUGAAAAGAACUUAAGUGGCUCCUGGUUCGAUCUGAACUAUAAUAAUUAUAAAGAAUAUUAGAAGGAGAUUUUAGUAGAUAAUCAGAAGUCACUAAGGGCUCUAUGGCUCCCAAAAUAAUAUGAAAUAUAAAUGUACAUUCAAGUAAUAUUAUAUGCAAGUAAGGUGGUACAUGCCAUGUAUACCUGCCAUAAAUAAGGUGAUUUGCCAGAAUAAAAAUACCUGUAUUUGUUAGUUAGAUGAGGUGGGGUUAAUACAUUUCAGUCUAUCUUUAAAUCUAAGGACAUUUAUGCAGUUAGCCUAGUUUUAUAUAAACAGCAGAUAUCAUUCACUUGUCUUAAAUGUAGUGAUGCUGGUCAAGUCAAGCAUUUCAAAGUAUCCUGUCACAAGAAUAUGAUGUUUACAAUCAAUGGACGUAAUUUCUUUUACACCAUUGCUGAAAUGAUCCAGGUGUGAAAAUUUGUAUAGUAAGUUCUUUAUUCAUUUAUUUACAUCACCAUGUGUGGUUUGAGGUAAAUUUAUUGUGAUUCCAUAUCUACAACACAAGGUACCCUGUAAUCUUAGACCAGUUUAAGGUGAACAAGAAAAGUUACAUAAAAUAUAUGUAUAUUAAAGGGUAAAAAUAGUGAGUGGUGAGGAGACUUUAGAAAGCCAAAAAUUUUUGCCUUCGGUGUUCUAUAGAAUGAGGUAGCUGAUAUCCUCCCUCCUGAUAUUCUUAAGGUUAUAACAGUGCAUUUAAGUGUUAUGAGGUGCAUGUAUUUCUGAUUUGCACUGGGUCUAUUUUGUUACUUUGAAGUACUUCUUUACUAAGACAACAUUACAUGCCAGUGUCCCCAUGUGAAUAUUUCUUUCUUUUUUGUUUUUUUUUAUGCCUGGAGGGCCAUUAUUUAAUUAACUUACCUGGUAACUGGUAAUGAUCAUUUCUGUAUUCCACCCUCACUAAAUAAUCUUGUAUUUAUUUUACAUCUUUGCAGUUUUACAAGAGGAAAGAAGGGCUACCCAUUAAAGGCAAACUGAAAGAGCCUGUGACAAGGUCUGAGCUCUCUGAAUGUACAGGAGGAGAAGGUACUGCUUGUGCAGUUAGAAAGAGUCUCUUAACUGUGUAAUAAAAAAAUGUCUAGGUAUUACAUGUUAAUGUUAAUAAUUAUUAUUCUUCACAUAUGAAAACCUAUAUACACCUGAUUCUCUUGAAAAGUAUAAAACAUGAACAAUGAGAUCUAAUGGAUUUACGGGUACAAGUUUAUUGGCAUUGAAAUUCAUAUUUCUUUCCAUCUGGAACUUCUCUUGCUGAUGUAUCGCAAUAACUAUUUAAUAAGUACUCCUCAGCAACUUGCAUCUGCAUGAGAAGCACAUGAUGAUAUUACAACAACUCUGAAAUUAAAUGCCAGGAAUAUGGUUAUUUAAAAGUGAUCAUUCCCAAUGAUUGGAAAAGAUUCAAUCAGGCAGGUAACCAUUAAAUUGGAGUAUUCUUCAACCUUGAUACCUAUAGACUGCGAGCAUUCUCUUAUUUUUCUUUGCAAAGUUACUACACGCAAAACCUAAUAAGCACGCGAGCAGCGAAGCUGCUUGCCGCGAGAAACGAGGGCAUAAGCCCGAGAAGAAAAAAUAAGAGACUGCUGACUUUUUUGUUCUGUCUGGGGACAACGAAGCUAUCGAGGUAAUUUAAUUAAUCAAUUUAACCCCGGGUAACUUGAAACAAUUUAUAAAUAGAACAUAAAUAACUGAAAAUCUUACACUUUCUUUAAAUCCGGUAAGAUUGCCUUGAAUUCAUUUCCCUUGAGGAAAUUUACAGAAGUUUCCUUCUUUAAGAUAUCCUUAAAAGUUUUAUUACUGAGAUUACUGCUUGGUUCGCUAUUGUUUGCAGUUUUUUGUGACGCGUGACUAUUUUUAUUGCUUGCAAUCUCACCACAGACCAGUCAAUGAUCUGUCAACAGUUCUGCAAUUGACCAAUCGGUUACUCUGUUUCUGGACUGAUGGAGGGUUUGUUUACUACAAAAGAGUCAGCAGUCCGUCUUUUCUCAUCUUGUCUCGAUCCCUAUAUAAUAACAUCGUGGUUUGCAAUCACACUGGAUGAGAUCAAGAACUAGACGGAUUUUAGGAGAAAAGGCCGACUGCAGUCUAUGAUACCUACCAGUACCUUAAUAAUUCAUAAUGUAAUAUCUUCAGGAACAUUGACUUAAAUUAACAAGAUCCUGACCUCUGUCAUCUCAACAGGAUUAACUACCACAGGCAGCCCAUCGGUAAGACCUCGACUUUACACUGCAGCAUCAACUGAAAUUCAUAUCCGUGUGGUGAUUGGGUCCAAGACGUUUUCCCUGCUCACAAGCACCUUAAAUCAAGUGCAGUCUCUUAAAGCGCAGAUAGAAGAAAAGAGUGGCCAGCCUGCAGACUGUCAGUUGUUACGACUGAAUGACAAACUUCUGGUUAUGGAUAGUUUUCAUCUCAGCGACUACCAUGUCAUGGAAAACUCUACAAUUUAUGUUCAGGUUCAUCCUUGGGAUGAAGAGUAUGUUUAUUUCACUUGUUUAACACUUACUGUGUAAUCGUAAUAAUAAUUAUUACUAUUUGCCAUUUGUACAUCUCUUCUAAUACACCUUUUUUGCCCCCCAAAAUUUUGCAUAACCUUUGUUUUGUUUUUUUUUUCCUAGUGGGUAUUACAACCAUCCCAAGAGAAAUUAAAAACAAUGCUUAUGCCAAAUUUUGGGGGGCAAACAAGGUGCCUUUUGGGAGAUGUACAAGUGGCGAAUUAUGUCGGUCAGUUGUUGUAGCUGAUACCAAGCUUAACAAGGUUUUAAAUACCACAAACCCUUGAUUAUACCUAGCUGCAUUAUUGCUUCAUUACUGAUGAACAUUCACAAAGCAAAACAGAAAACAUGGCUAAAACAUGCUUACCUCCAUCGAUCCAUCGAUGUUAAGUUCAUCUUUGAUAGUGCAUGUUUAGGUUUGUCCAGCUCCGCAAAUAUUCUCCAAAUAGCAUAUGUCGCCCUUCAAGUCGUCUUCCUGCUGUUCUUGCCAUGUUUUUAACUAUUGUUUUGCCUAGUUCUUACUCUUGAAACACGUAAAAUGUACGCCAUUUUUCAAGUUCAGAACCAAAACAAGUCAACCUCGUCCCCAGGUCUUCUCCGUUAACAGUGCCUUAGCCAGUGAAAAUGCUGCAUUUUUGAUGCCAUUUCCUCGUUAAACACAAAAUUCUUUCAAAUUUGGUCAUCAGUAACUGGUUAUGGUGAAUUAGACGUGUGCUUUUAGCCAAUCAGAAUCAGGAAAAUAUUUUGAAUGAAUAAUAGCAGCUAUUAAACCUCUAGUUUGCUCUGAUUUCCAAAGAUAACUUUAAGCUCUUAGCCAAUGAAAAGCCAGAUAGUGAGUACAAUAUACAAUAAUUUUUUUUUUCAUUUUGUUACAGAGGCCUUAAAAAGUCUUUUCUUUUUUUCCUUAAUUAGUUGGUACGUUGGUGACCUAACUCAUGAUAAGAUAGAUUCUUUGGUCAAAAGUAUGAGUACUGUACCAAAAGAUGGAAUGUUCCUGAUCAAAGAUAGCAGCACAUCUCCUGGAAACUACUGCCUCUAUGUAUGGUGAGUCUCUAAAAGUACGUUGAAGUGUUAGUUGCAUGUUUCAUUUCUAAUUAAGGGCCCUCUGUGUCUUCCAGAUACAGAGAACAAUUAGUCUAAUAUUUUCCUCAGAAUAUUUAAUAGAGUGAUGCAAAAUAUUCGAGAGCUCACACACCCUCGUAGCUUGAGAAAACAGCCGGCAUUUUGUGACGCCAACACUAGUUUCUCCACAAAAUGUUGUCUGAGGAGGGACUGGAGAAAUUCCAUACUUGAUGACAUAUCACUAGCCAGAUCUUGGUAGUGCUUCUGAUUGGUUGAAACAAAUUUCUCCCGCGACAUGACCAAUCAGAAGCACUACCCACUACCCAUUACCUACUUAGUGACGCUUCAUCAGUAUGGAAUUUCUGCGGUCAUUUCUCAGACGUCGUUUCGCAGGGAAACCAAUGGUGGAGUCAGGAAAUGUUGACCAUUUUCUCAGGGUAUUACCCAGUAGGGAGGUGAUGUUCCUUCAUCUGUGCGUCACCUUCCUCGCAGCGGCGAUUUUCACUCCUGCUUGCAUAUUCCCCUUGCUCUAUUGUCCCAUAUGAAAACGAAGGACUACGCGUAGUCUAGACAGGUGUGGCUGUUGUUUUUAACAAGCUGUUUGGUAAUGGUCUGUUGUUUAAAUUUAACAGGUGGAAAGGCAAUCCAGUGCGGUAUUUGGUCGAGUUCAAGAAAAAUCGUUUCGCAAUUGGAAACGAGCAUCAAUUUAAUAGCUUGUCUGAUUUUGUUGAGGUAUGCAAUGACUAAAAAAUAUAAAUUGCAGUACACUAAGCAUACUAGUCUAAUGUUAAUGCUUUUUGUUAGAAAGAGUAAACUUCUGAUAAAACAUUCUCAGAAACUUAUUUCCAAUAUGCCGAUUUUGCAAGACAGGAGAGGCACGCCCUCAUUUCUCCUGUCUCGCAGUUUCGCCACACGACAGUUGUGUGCGCGUGCACUCUCCCAACCAAAUCUGAAGAAUAAGGGAGACUGCUUGCAGUCUAGACCGAUAGAGGAUGUAGAGAACGAUAUGUGCGUGUCAAAACUUGACACUCUUGGGUGAUUGAACUUAAGAGGGAUACUAAAUACAGUGGAUUAGGGAUGCAAAAUGGUAUGGAGCAAACUUGUUGCUGUUAUGUGUCCUGUUUAUUAUCUUUAGGCUGUUCUCCACGCCUCUGUUGCAAAGGUUUAUUUUAAACGCUUGAUGUUUUGUUAAAACAGUUUAGCGGCAACUUACAGGGUGUUAACUUAUUAUGUCAUCUCAUUUGCAGUGGUACAGGAAGUGCCGCGGUGGUCUGAAAUCACAGCUUACAGAUCCUGUCAAGAUUGACAAAGACUCAAAAUGUAUGUUUGAUCUCUGUACAGCUGUUCUACAAAUUUUAACUCUGUUUUUGAUACAUUUUUUUGUAUUCUUCAUCAAAGGUGUUUAGUAUUUUAAGGUACUUGUAUCUGAUGAAAAGUUUCUAUUUAGUGACUUCAGCGUUGCUUGGUUACAUGUUCGGGAGACAAACAUAUCAGCCAGUAUUUUUUUAAUUUUGUUUAUAUUCAUGUAGAGACAUGAUGAUAAACUGUGUGAUUCUAGAUUUGGUCACAGGCAACCCAGUGCAACUGUUAGCAGUUGUAUAAGAGCCUUCUUGCGCCAUGUUAAACUCAGGCCCCGAUUGGAUUGUAUUAUCCACCAGAUAAAUCGCUAUCCAGCGGAUAAGUAUUGGGGAAACCGAUUACUUUAUCAAUAGGCCAUUUGCACUAAGAGGUCAUGUGACAUCAUUUUUAUGAAAAUGAAAGUAUAUGAUUUUGCCUUCGAAAAACGAUUAGUGAGUCAUUUGGUUUUUCAAACCCGAACCAUUUUCUUAAAAUGAGUAAGUUCUUAGCUGGUCACAUGACCAAAAUGUGAUUUUUAAAAUUAUGAAUUACCUCUUUCUGAACACAGAUUUUGCACUUAAAGUUCAAGGGAAAUGUUGAAAAGAUGAUGUGGUAACGUUUACAGCACAUCUGAGUGUAACUAUCAAACGUUUAAAAAGUAGUUUUGGCCGCCAUGUUGGAGGGCAUACUCUUGCCCUCCAACAUGGUGGCCAAAUUACAAAUCAUACUACUUUGUUGAAAAAUCAAAGUGCCAUAAAAUAUCUCCCUUAAAUGCGUUUCCUCUCAAAUUUCGCGUGGAAGAUAAUUUUUAUGUGUUCUGUCAAUUUUUGGCAUCAGCAAGAUUCCAAUGCAUUGUUUAAAGGAAGCAUAAGAGGUCACCCCGCCUAUUGGUUAGAGAUUUUUCCAGUGGAUAGUGUUUUCCACCUUUUGACAACUAGGACCAUCACUACAGGGUUUUUUUUGUGGUUAAUUUAAUGUGUCUUUUGCUCCCAGGCCGUUUUCCACCAGCUGUGGUUGCUAGAGGAAACAAAGCCAAAGCAGCUUACAGAAGAGCCCUGGAGAAUGGUAAAACACGUGAUGUACGCGUGCGAAUCAUGCUUAUUGGCGAAGGUAAAGCAGGAAAAACAAGUUUAAAGAGAUUCCUUAAGGGGGAAAAAUUCAAUAAACACGAGGCUAGUACGCUGGGAGUAGACAUGGAUGCACCGUUGCUGAAGGAUGGCUUGAAAGCUUGGAGUGCACAUAAAACAGUUAAGAACAUCAGCGUUUUCGAUCAUAGAAGCGCUCAGCUUGUGGUUCGACAGCUCUCGGAACCAAAUGGCUAUCCUACUUCUGAUUUGGUAAAGGCCAAGUACCCUGCAAGAAAAGGCUUUUCAUGUAGCGAAGCCAAUUGUUCUGAGCGCAAGUGUUACCUGAAUCUACCCUCUGCAUCUAACGGUGUAUCCAAUGGGACAGAGCAUUGCAAAGACAUGCAUCACUUCAAUGAACGUUUGAAAGGUAUCGUAGCCAAUUCUUUUAAGUUAACACGUACCAUGUGGGAAUAACGAAAACACAUGUCACUUCUUUUUUCUGUGUUGCGAAAGGGCAUUGAAAUAUAUUUGAUGUUUUUUCCUUCAAAAACUGUGAUGAAAAAAGUUGAAAUGACCUUUUCCCUAAACUGUGAAUGAAUAUUCUUGAGCAAUCCUUGUCUGAGUAGAUGUCUUAGAAAAUAUGACAUAUUAUAAUCUACAUGUUGCUUGGAGCACAAGUGUUGGAAUAAUUAAGCUGCAACUCUUGUAAGUCUUUCUUUGAUCCAAGAAUUCAAAAGUUUGUGUUGAAAUGAAAACACCUUAUGGUUUUUAUUUUCAAGUGAUCGAUGAGAUUGCACUUAAAAUAGUCAGGUAACGCUCAAACAGGUUUGAGUCCAUGCUCAUUUUUGUUGCCUCUUUUUCAGGAAUGCCGAAUGGAACAGAUCAUUACGAAGAACCGCCCUCACCAUUUCUCCAAGAUGAUGUCUUCAUCAGUGAUCAAGUUAUUUCAGAUCCUCUUCCGAGGAAUAUGGCCAGCGUGGUAGAGGAUAUUCUCACGAGCGAUCAGGACCCAUCAGACAAUCUGCCGCAGAAUGUGGCUAAUUUGGUAGAGCGCAUGCUCAGACAGGAACACUUCUCUGCUUCAGAGGAAGUAUGGCCUGUGAUUUGGGACUUUUCUGGUCAAUCUCUUUUACAUGGAAUGAAUCCAAUUUUCAUGUCACGGGAAGCUGUAUAUUUACUGGUUUGUGACUUGACCAAGGAUCUCUUCAGCAAAGAACAUACGGGUCAGUCUGCACGAGCAACUAAUAUGCAACACAAAACUGACUCUUGUUUCGAUCAUCUGGUGAGGUGGAUGGACUUGGUUCAUUCCUUUCAGGAUACCAGCGCCGCAAGUGUUACAAGCUCUGCCCAGCCGCCAGUUAUCUUAGUUGGAACACAUGCCGACAAAGUCAGUGGCGAUCCUUGGAACCGUUUGGAAGCCAUCUUGGACAGUUUUCAUGGAAAGCAAUUUUCAUCGCAUAUUGUUGACAAGUUUUCUGUGGACAACACUCGGGCUGGACAAGCUAAAGAGGAUCCAACUAUUCUAAAAUUACGGCAAAAGAUCAUUUCUGUGGCCUCCUCAUUACCUCAUAGAAACAGGGAAAUUCCUCUUCAGUGGCUUCGUGUGGAGAAGGUACUCCAUCGCCUAGCUGCCGAAGGAUUUAAGUAUAUCACUCUACAACAGUUCAAGACAGUGGCCAAGAAAGUGUGUCGUUUUCACGUGGAUGAAGACAGUGAUGAGCUGUUGCAUUUUUUGUGUGACUGUGGUGCUGUUCUUUGCUUCAACGAAAGUGACGAGUCCAACUGCUUGGUUUUCCUGGAUCCACAGUGGUUAGUUCAUCUGUUCUGUCAAAUUAUAAACGUUGUUCCUGGGAGGAGAGAACCGAUGAAUAUCCGGCAAUGCCGCCAAACUCUUGCUAAAGAAGGCAUCUUGUCAGAAGAGCUUGUCAACUUUGCCUGCCAAGAAUCUGACCUCAACCUCUCCAAAGAAUCACUUCUUUCUGUCAUGGAGAAAGCAAGCCUUGUUUGCCGACUUGAAGUCCAAAAUGGAGAGGUGGUCUACCUUGUACCAACAAUGCUGCCGGCUACGCCAGAAAACGAAAUUGUGGGAUUAACUGACCAAUAUAUGACUGCACCAGUUUACAUCACUUUCAACACUGGGUAUAUUCCGUAUGGAUUAUUCUCCAGAUUCGUUGUCUUGUUUUCUGAUUGGGCUUCAAAGAAGCAUUCUGCGAGGCCUCCCAAAAUGUCUGCAAACACAGCACGGUUUUUUAUUGGGAAGAAAAAUGACUACAGUUUGACGUUUGCUUUCUUCAAGAGUGUGGUAAUGGUCCAUGUUCUGCGAGAAGGUAGCAAAGAAGAGGAAACAGAGAUGACUGCCAUCUGCCAACAAGUUUACAGGUUGGGUACUUAUGUUACAUGAAUGGCUUUUAAAAUACUACCCCAGUGUCCUGUAAGCUUGUGUACGGAAAGGACAAAAUCGGCCCUUUUUUCGUUUUUUCUGGGUGCCAUCUUUGAUUGCAAUGCGGAAUUUCCGCUAUGGCAUGGUCUGGAAAAAAACCAUGUCUCGUGAGAUGCUCUUGAUGUUUCCCACACAUUGUCAUAAGUUUUUUUUUUUCGCUUAAGAAUAAGAAUAGCUACUUUGAAUGGUGUAUCCUAAGAAGUCAGUCUGUUCAGCUCUCUUGUUGAAUCAGAGCGAUCCAAGAUCACUUUUCAGACCGUAAUCGUUUCAACAGAAGCAAGCCAAGGGGUAGAGACCUAUCAGAUGUCGUACCACUUUCAUUUAAUCAAGGCCUCAGUCAAUGAAGGUUAAAAUCUGUUUCCAGGAUCAUCCUUUAUUUCUUUUCUUUUGAAAUCCUGUUGCAGAUGUAUUGAAGAUGUCCUAGAUUCUCUUCAUCUGCGGUGUCAUUGGCUGCACUCCAUUACAUGGAGGCUGUGUGCGCGCUGUGAUCUGUGUUUGGGUGAAAGUGAAGGAGAUGAUGGCUGUUCCUGGCACCAUAUUCCGUCCUGUCCACAUCCCGAUUGUGCCCACUUUAUUCCAUUAGGUCCUGAUCGGCCAUUAAGGUGUGAACAGACUAUCAAGUCUAAAACCCUACUGGAUAAAGACAAACUUAAGCCUUGGAUAAAGGUACAUACUUAUGCUCUACAGUUUUCUUGCAAGCUACUGAAUCUUUACAGUUCCUCUGCAGAGCUGAUGCAAAGGAACACUGGCUUUGGAACUGAUACAAGUUUUCCAAACAGCACGUAUUUCAGUAGCUCUUUUGCAUGGCACGUUUAGUUACCUUAAAAAUAAAGCCUGGAUGAUUAAUAUUUUACUGAGUCAAUUUCACAUACUGAACUACAUUCCGUCAUUUUAGAUCACCGGAUAUAUUAAACUGUGCCCUUUCAAUGCUGUUUCUGUAACUUGUAAUGUCCUAUGUAUUACCGUUUUAAAACAUUAAUCAUCAUUUUUUUUUUCCUCAGCAUUUUGGUCGAAAUCAUGCUGCAGGUAAAUCUUAGCUUCCUGCGCAGACGUCACUUAGGGGAUGCGUGGCAAGUUCUUCCCUUGGGCGACGAAGCCCUAAGAAUGUCUGCGUGGGAGGGAGGCUAGUUAAUGGUGUCUUUCGUUCUGUCCCUAUACUAUAAAAAUAUGUUCGGCGCUAAUGCAUUGACUUCAGUUUGAUUGUUACCUCGAUAUAUGACAUUUAACAAUAUCAAUUUAAACGUCAUUAAUCAUUCAUAAAGAAAAUCUGAAGGAAAUUAUUUUAAUGAGUAUCUGAUCUUCACUCUAGACACGGCUAAACUUGAAAUCCAAUUUUCUGAGCCAAAAAAAUCACAAAUUUAAUUGUUAGUGAGAGAAUCAAUAUUUGUACAUCAGGCCCCGGUUGUUCAAUCCUUGGAUAGCGCUAUUAUUCAACGGAUAAAUCACUACCAAGUGGAUAAGUAUUAGGAAAACCAAUUGCGCUAUCCAGUGGAUAGAGAUUUAUCCGGUGGAUAGCGCUAUCCUCCUUUUGAACAACUGGGACCAGAAGUCUAAAAUACUCUUGCACUUAAAUACCGACAACUCUUUUUAUACAAUUUUCAAAUACCUUUGUGGUUACAUUGUACCUUGCAGACGACCUUCGUUUUAAACCUGGUGUUGUGUCACUUGAUGACUUAUUGUAUCUCGCACACGACGUGGGUUCACAGUGGAAGAGUCUGUGCCGCAUUUUGUUGGGUGCUAAGGAGAUCGAACAUAUUGAUCAUGAUCAAAAGACCCUUGAUGACAAAUGCUACACCUUGUUGGAUCGAUGGAAAAAGUCUCAGGCAUCAGAUGCCACGUAUGCUGCAUUAGGAAUGGCCUUAAUUCACGAAGACCUGCAGGCAGAAGAACUCUGUGCAAAGUAUUGCGGCCUGCAAUCGCAAGUCCCUCUUGAAAGUAGUGUUUAGUAUAUAACAGUAAGAUAUUAGCGUCUCCUCUGCGCAAAUUGGGACUUCUUACUAUGUAAUGGUAGAUUUCAACAACAGGUGUACACAGACAAGUCGUUUUCAGUGGGAUUUUGGGGUCAUGACAUGCUACUUAGAUUUGAAUGCUGAAUGUCAGACCAGACAUUUUAUUUGUCUUGUUAGCUCCAUGUAUUCUGUAUUCAGUCUAACUUAUAAAUAGUCGUGACAUUUACAUGCCUUAUCUUUCUUUCCUGAAAGGGGGCUUCUCGAAGAUAAUAUAUAAAUAUGUGAAAUAGUCAUCUUUAACUACGUAUAAAAAUUAGGUACAAUAAAAGUGGAAAG